GAUGUACACAGCUCAGUAACACCAUGUCUACACUGUCCCCACCUGCCACCUUCUUCAGUCAGUAAAAACAGUGCAAAUGUUUGCAAAGGCGCAGAUGCAAAUUUGUACUGAAGGGAUCUGACAGGAUUUUCCAUUCAUACAGCUUCCCUGUUAGACCCCCCACAGCCUCAGGCUGCUCAGAUUACUUUUUAUGUUACAUGUGAUAUUUAUAGCUACAGUACCCUUAUAACAUGACUGCCAUGACACGUAGUCACAUACAGACUGCAGGUUUCUUUGCUCAGAGUACUACAGUGGAAAUUUAGCCUUGCAGCAUGGAUAUAGUAUUAUGAAGAUACAGUUAAGUAAAGGUUUAGGCACUGGGAGGCAUUUUAUUUUUCAUGUUUUCCAAAUUUGAAGUUUCAUUUAUGCGAAUAGCUUGAUAAAAAUAUUUUAAUGCUUGACUGUAAUCACUUCAGCAUGACCUUUACACUGUAUGUAGUAUCUAUUUACUAUUCAGAUAUGUUCAAGAAUGUUUUCAGUCUGAUAUUUAAAGAUUAUGCUGGUGGAUUUUCAUGUUUUAGUCGUUUAGGACUACAUCACUGUAGGUCAUUUUCUGAAAGAAUUCCAUUUGUUUGUAGGUUGUUUUUCUAUUGAUUUAUCAUUAAAUGUUUUAUUUAUAUUAGAAGGAUAUGAAACUCCUCUUGCAGAGACUUGAAACAUGCUUUAGAAAGAUGAUCCAUCCCAUUACGUGUAAACAGGGACCAUUACAUUUGUGUAUUGAUUGUUUGACUUUGGUAAUGCUUUAUUUUGCAGGUCCUUUCAUUUUAUACUAAUUUGCUGGAAAAAAUUGAGUAAUUUGCAGGUAUUUAAUGGUUAAUUCUUUGAGCAUUUUAUAGAGAGGGUGAUGCAAUUAGGUACAAAUUAUAAGAAAAACUGAAAAAAGUGUUAAAUUGUUUAUGUGGUAAGUGCCAAUUCAUUAUAUUUGGAUUUUUUAAAAAAUCUUAUUAAAUUACACUCUUAACAAUUAUUUAACUGACAGAGAAUACUAAGUUUUACAGUGUGUAUUUUUGUGUGUCAAACAAUAUAUUAGCAUAUUAGGUUUUUUCAAUAAUUUCCUAAAAGUAGCUGCUGUGUAACCAGUAAUUCUUAGGACAUUUCUUUGACAGGGUUUUGUCACUCGGUAGUACACAGGAAAUGUUCUCAUAAUAGAGUUUUUAAGAAACAAACAAUAUGCUAAUAUAUAGUUUGACAAACAAAACUAUACACUGAAAACUGUCAGUUACAGAAUUGAUAAGUCUAAUUUAUGAAGAAUUUUUGCAAAUUAACGACUAUGUAUAACCCGACUAAACCAACUUACCACCUCUUUUUUCUUUUAAUUUGUACCAAAUUGCAACACGCUCAGUAAAAUGUCCUAAAAAUCAACGGUUAAAUACCUGUAAACUACUCAGGAAAUUAGUAUAGACUGGUAAAAUAAAACAUUACCUUUAACAGCACAGCUCAUGAAUAUUAGCAAAGUCAUCAUUCAAAAUUUUCAAAGUGUUCCCUGCUCAAAAAUGUUAACUCACUUUAUGAUAAUUAACCUUGAUGAGAAAAAAAGGCAAUGAAGUGUUCACUUGAAUGGAUAAUUUAUCUCAAGCAAGUAUCAAGUCUUACCAAUUUGAUCCCUGUAGCAUAUCAAGAUGAAGUGAAACCAAUAUGGUGUUCUUUGGAACAUAGUCAGAAUAAUGUAAAAUGUAUGUGAUUUGUAGUUAAAAGCCUAAAUCAAGUAAAAUUGGACCAAACAAAAUGUGUAGUUGGGCAGGUUGGUGAGGCGAUGAUUAGGUUUGAUGGAUUAAAAAGCUGAUUUUUCUUUUUUCCUGUUCUUCGCUAAAUAUUUCCUGAUAUCACUGAUUAGAGGAUGUGCUCUUGAGACUUCGUUCCCUGUUUUUCUGCUCCCAACAGAUGAGAACUUCACUCUCAAACACGACAGAGCCUUCCUGUUGUCGAUGGCCAAUCGUGGGAAAGACACCAACGGCUCACAGUUUUUCAUAAACUCUAGCAUCCUGCUCUUCCAAGCACAACCAAGAUGGCACCUCAUCUCGAUGGAGUCCACGUCGUCUUCGGUCUAGUCAUCUCCGGCUUUGAAGUGAUAAAGAAGAUUGAGGGGCUGAAGACUGAUUCAGCUAGCAGACCGUACGCUGAUGUGAGAGUGAUGGACUGUGGACAGCUGAUCACCAAGUCCGCUAAUGAUGUUCUUGAAGGGAAGAGGAAAAGAGCCUCCCAUUCUGCUGACUCGUCCCUCAAUUCCCAUGACUCGUCCUCUCAGUUCUCCUCUUCAGCAGAGUCUGAAAGUGAAUCUGAUGAAAAGCUCAAACAUCACAAACACAAGAGACGCUCAAAGAGUAAACGGUCAAAAAAGAAAAGGAGGGAAUCAAAGAGGGAGAAGAACAUUGAUGUUCUGCCCUCCAGGCAAAGUCCUGUGGAAAGAGAGAUGCUGGAGGGAGAGAUUGAAUUGGAAGGAGAGAAGGAACAGGGCGGGAAGAGAGAAAAGCCUGUAGUUCGACCGGAGGAAAUCCCGCCUGUGCCAGAGAACCGUUUCCUGCUGCGAAGGGACAUGCCAUCUCAGGAAGAUAAAACAGAGAUAGUUGAGAAAGAAGAAUCGUCUCUUUCAACUGACCAAAAACCAGCAGUGUCCAAGUCUGGACGGAAGAUCAAAGGCAGAGGAACAAUGAGAUAUCACACUCCCACAAGGUCUAAAUCCCGUUCUGCAUCUGUGGAAGAGCGUGGAAGCAGUGAAACUCCGCCACACUGGAAAGAAGAGAUGAAGAGAACCAAAGUUUAUCAACCACCAAGUAUCGAGAGAUGGAGCAAAGGAGACAAAUUGAAUGAACAUUCCUCAAGCAGAUGGGACGACAGAAGUGACUCUGCAUGGUCCCGGUCUGCAGAGCACUCUUCAGACCGCAGCUCUGAGAGGUCCAGCCUGCGCCGGCAGCAGAAGAAAGAGAAGAAAAAAGCGAAACACAAGAAGAAAGCCAAAAAACGUAAACAUAGCAAGAAGAAAAGCUCCAAGAACAAAGCUCAAGAGCGUGUCCUGUCAGAGGAUGAAAGAUCAGUUUCUUCAGGAAGAAGGUCUAAGUCCAGAAUGUCCCGCUCUCCAUCUCGUUCCUCUUCAAGUCAACGACAUUCGUCACCUCUGAGGAGACGACCAUCCUCAGCGUCUUACAGAGACUCACGAUCUUACUCCAGAUCCUACACAUCCAGUCGAUCCAGAUCUCGAGGGAGGUCCCGGUCUUAUUCAAGGUCCAGGAGCUUGUCUAGGUCUAGAAGUCGAUCCCGGUCCAGAUCUCAGUCCUAUUCUCGAUCCAGGUCAAGAUCAAGAUCCAGGUACAGAUCCAGGUCUCCAUCUCGAAAGAGGAGUUUAUCAAGAUCUCCAAGAAAGCGAAAAGCCAGUAAGCCUGAUUCAGAUGCCAUGAUCCACGUACCUGAGAAGCUCUCAGAGAGCAAAGUCACAUCUGUCUCCAGACUCCCUGCUGUCCCCGCCCCAGAAAGUGUCCCUGUGAUCCCAUUGAGCGACAGUCCUCCACCGUCACGCUGGAAGCCCGGUCAAAAGCCCUGGAAACCCUCCUACAUCCAUAUUCAGGAAAUCAAAGCUAAAGUAACUCCCAGCAACAUUUCCUCCACAGGUGACAGCGUUACAGAGAAAGCUCAGACCUCCGUUACACCAAAGUGUCUGCCAGGUGACCACGAAAGCGACAAAGCACACAAACCUGCACGGCGCUCACACAGCAGGUCUUCCAGAAGCAAGUCCUACAGCCGCUCUUACAGCCGUUCAUACAGCCGCUCAUACAGCCGCUCAAGGAGUAGAAGUUACAGUAAGUCCAGGUCCAGAUCCCCUCAUGAAAGCAGGUCAUCAUCUUACAGCAGAUCAGACUCUGAAAAGUCCCAGAAAUCAAGUAGCAACAAGAAGAAUUCAUUAGACAAAGAAUGGAAAGAGUUUUACAGUUCUCUGAAGAGGAUAAAACAUUUAGAUAAGUACAUUUCAAUUACCGGUAGCCAGGAUGCUCACUCAGAAUCAGAGAACAGAGUAGGCAGCGAGACUGAUAUCAGUGGCUCUUUGGAGAAAAUGAAAGAGAAAGGCGGCUCACAGGAUCAAGAGACAAAACACUACAGUUCAGUGCCAGCAGAGAGCUUUAAUAGCAGGUCUGAAUGGGAUAGUGACAGUGAUAAAGUGAGCCAAAGCAACAGCGCCACCCUAAAAAAACAGAAACAAGGAAUUCAGUCCAGUGAACUUCUUGACAAGAAGCUGUCUGCUCUUACUGGAUGGAAUUCUGAAAGUGAUCCAGAAAACAUAACAAGUAAGACAUUGGCCAUAUCUGAAAAAGAGGAAGGAGAGGCAAGUUCAGAAUCUGAUUGCGAAACUUCCAAAAAGACAUUGGAGGCAGCAGUCACUGUGGCACACAAGACUGCUGCUGCUUCUGGUCAGUCUGGGGAAAGUCCUGAGAAGGCGGCAGAGCCAGAGAAGCACAAGAGCAAGAAGAAGGCCAAACGUAAACAUAAGCACAAGAGGAGAGGGGAGAGCAAAAGUGGUUCCCAUCGCAGUAAGGACAAGACAAAGAGAUCUAAGAGGAAACAUCAGAAGCUGAAAGAGACUUUUCACUGGCAGCCACCUUUAGAGUUCGGAGAGGAGGAGGAAGAAGAUGAAUCCAAACGAGAGAAACAUAGUCCAAGUAGCGUUGUCAAAGAAAGGCCUGGUGUGGAUUGUAUGAAUAAAACGGACCAAAAUUUAACCUCCUUAAACAAAAAUCCUACUAGAGAAGAAGAAAGGGGGCAGCAGAGGGCAAAAGAAUGUAACAAAAACCCAAAACAAGCUGAAUCUCAUCUUCAGUCAUCCAACAGGAAUGGUGCCAACAGUACUAACUUGUCCAGCGUCAAAGAGGAGCAGGAGUCAUUAGAUGAUAUGGACAUUUGUACUCCAGAGCAUGAAACCGAAACAAUUGUUGAACCUUCAGUUACACAUGAUUCUCUUAAUAAUGCCACUGAAUUAACCCUAAAAACUACCUCAAAGUUUUCAGAUCUGGCCAGUAAAGAUUUACCUCAGCUUCACAGCAAAGAGCAGCCGUCUGUUACCUCCACAACAACAGCUGAAGGACUGAAAGAUGAGGUAGCUACUGGCAAACCUACUGGUAAUGUAAUAAAUUUCAAAUGGAGGCCUUUAAAAGGAAUGUCCGCACCACAGAAUGUGAACGUGCCACCUGUUACCGUGAAAAACACACAACUUCAACAGAGCCAGACCCAGAACACGCAAGGAGUGAAAAUGGAGAUAAAAAGUAAAAGCCGCGUCCGACCCGGAUCGCUGUUUGACGAGGUCCGUAAGACCGCACGACUCAACCAGAGGCCGAGGAACCAGGAGAGCUCCAGCGAGGAAAGAUCCCCCUCUGUGGGAAAGACCCGUGGGAAGUCACGCACACGGUCCCCGAAGAAGUCCACCAGAAAGUCCCGCUCCGUUUCCAGUCACCGGUCCCGCACCAGAGGGUGGUCCCACUCCUACAGCAGAUCCAGAAGUAGAUCCCGCAGCUCCAGCUACUCCUCCAGGAGCCGGAGCAGGAGUCGACGGAGACGUGGGAGAGGACGGUCACACUCCCGCAGCAGCACAUACCGAAGUUACAGAAGUCAUAGUCGGACUUACAGUAGAAGUCAUUCCAGAAGUCGCUCAUACAAUCGCCGUAGGAGAUCCAGGUCAGAUUCCUCUGACAGCUAUUCCAGUCGGAGUCGGAGUGCGAGCAGGAGACGAGGGCGCAGGCGAAGUGACAGCUACAGGAGCUCAGACCGCCGAUCCCGGUCUUACCGCUCCUCCAGUCGCAGUUCUUCCAGGCGCAGAAGUCACAGUCGCAGCAGUCGGUACAGUUGAGCCGCACCUCAGGCAGGCUGUCAGGUUCACUUCCACUGAGAGGGAACAGAACAACAAAGUCUGGACACUGUACACACAAAUAGCAAAUUACUUUUAUCGUCACACAUCAGCAACUAAAGCUCCAUCUUGUAUACUGUUUUAAAACUGUACUGUAUGUCGUCCUCCAUGGUGAUACCAGUAUACAAGCUGAUGUAACUGUCUUUGAGGAAAUGAAUGUUAUUGAACGUGAAUAAAUAAACCACUUUUACAACCUUACGCAAAGGCAGAUCUCUUUUAGGGACUACCACAGCUGAGAACAACUGGGUUCAAUCUCGUCAACAUGGCCACUCUUAACAGAUAUUUUCUAUGUGAAGUUUAUACUUCUUACAAAUAAUAUGAAGUAAGCUGUAAAUAUUUUUAUUAUUAUAUAUUUGGGUAUUCUUUUUUUUUUUUUUUUUUUACUUUUGUCUUUUUAUACACUGAAACAACUAAAUGUACAUUUAUUAUAAAUGUCUAAUCCUCUUCUCACAGCUGUGAAGAGUUAGUGAGUUUGGGUUGAAGUUAUGCCUUAAAUUCAGGGUCAGAAAGACAAGAUUGUUAUCUGGUAAAGUCCUCAUUGAAUGAAAAAUAACUUGUUGGUUUCUGUAUCUGUCUCAAGCUGUAAUUUGUCUGUUGUAUUCGUUUUGUUACUGUAUUAUGACUGUGCAAACUGUACUCAAAGUAUAGUAUGUCUGAUUUAGAUUUUAUUUGAACAGUUAUUAAUAUUUACACUUAAUAAAUACCAACAGAUCUUAA